GAGAUGUUUCAUUCUCAAGAUCUAUUUAAAAAACGUGUUGAAUUUUGUUAUUGUUUUGAAAUUACGUUACAGGUGAAUAUUUGUUAAAGUGACGGCAAUAAUAAUAACAUUUUUAAUUUGAUGGAAGGAUUAAGGAGGGGAAAGAGAGGGAGAGAAUUUCUAGUUUGUGUGUUUGACGUAAGGCAAAAUGGUGGCAAAGUGAUACUUCUUUUUAUAAAAUUGUCAAAUGUUAACGUUAAAAUAAGAGUGUCUUUUGGUGUCUUUAUUAUCAAGUGAUUAUAAUCUACAAUUUAUUAUUAAUAACUAAUUCAUGUGGUACAACAAAUUUGCCUGGUGCAGAUAUUUUGAUGAACAAACAUGUUGUGAUAAUUUGACAUUUAUUUAUAUAUUUUUAUAAAAAGAAAAUUAUUGUUUAACAUGUCACAGUGUGAGUUGGAUUCAACGUCACCUGGAUAUCACCAGCUGAGUGUUAAAAUUGAAUCAGCAGCAUUACGAAGUUCAUCAUUUUUAAAACCAAAUCCAUACGUUGAAUUUACAGUUGAUGAAAAAAAUUCACGUAAAACAGAAGUAUGUAAAGCAACAUAUCAACCAAAAUGGAAUGAAAAAUUUACAAUAUUAAUAACACCAUACUCAGAAUUACAUUUUCGUUUAUUAGAUCAUAGUGCAUUUAGAAAAGAUACAAUAAUUGGUGAAAAACGUUUAAAUUUAUUUCAAAUAUUAACUCAUUAUAAUGGUAAACUUGAAAAUCUUGAAUUAACAUUAGAUCUUGUUAAUGAAAAUAAACAUGAUUCAUCAUUAACUAAAGUUGGUGAUCUUGUAACAUUAUUUGAUGGUUUAAAAAUUGAUAUGACAAAUAUAAUAUUACCACAAAUUGAUUCACGACAAUCAUCACAAUGUACAAUAACAUGUAAUUUACCACUUGGUGCUGCUAAUAAUGAUGCUCAUAAUAGAAGUAUAUUAAAUGGUGGUGUACGUGCAUUAAUGCGUGGACAAGGUACAGAAAAUACAGCACCAUCAAUACAAAGAAGUUCAUCAAAUAUAUUACAUGAUAUUAAUUAUACAGCUGGUGCUAUACAACCAUCAACAGAAAAUAAUGGUAGAUUUAUUAUAACAAAUGGAUCAAUAAGUGCAAUUGGUGGUGGUGAAGUAGCAUCAUCAAGAUUAUCAACUGAUUUAAUGUUAACUGGACAAAAUACAGUAACAACAUCAACACCAAUUAGAAUACCAUCAGAUGCUUAUAUUAUUAAUAGAACAAUGGGAAAUACAUCAAGUGGUGUUUGUAGAGUUACAGAUGAUGCUGCACAAUCUGAACAAAAUAUAUCAUCAUUAACAAGAGUAUCAGAUAAUAAUAAUUCUGCAAUUAUACGUAAUUCAAUUUCUAUUCCAAGCAACAGUACAACAACAGUAACAAGAGUAUCAAAUGAUGGUAAUGAUGAUGGUAGAAGAAAUUCACAAAUAGUUAAUGCAUCAAGAUUACCAGAAGAAACAACAACUACAAAUGCAUCUUCAACUUCAACAGCAACAACAACAACAGCUAGUACUGGUGCUGGUGCUAGUGCAGCUACAACAGUAACAGCAGGAACAGCAGAAGUAGCAACAGCAGGAUCAGCACAAGCUGCAGGAACAGCAGCAGCAGAAACACCAGAAGAUGAACAACCUUUACCAGCUGGCUGGGAUAUGAGAUAUGAUGUUUAUAGAAGAAGAUAUUAUGUUGAUCACAAUACAAGAAGUACAUCAUGGGAAAGACCACAACCAUUACCAGCUGGUUGGGAAUUACGUCGUGAUCCACGUGGUAGAAUAUAUUAUGUUGAUCACAAUACAAGAAGUACAACAUGGCAAAGACCAAAUUCAGAAAGAUUACAACAUUUUCAACAUUGGCAAGGUGAACGUCAAUUUGUUGUACAACAAGGUAAUCAAAGAUUUUUAUAUAAUCAAAAUGGUGAUGGACAAGCAAUUGUUUCUACUGGUACAUCAGCAGCAAUAGUAACUGAUGAUGAUGAUGUACUUGGACCAUUACCAGCUGGUUGGGAAAGACGUAAACAACCAGAGGGUAGAAUUUAUUUUGUUAAUCAUAAAAAUAGAACAACACAAUGGGAAGAUCCAAGAACACAAGGACAAGAAACUGGUAUUGAUGAAUUACCAUUACCCGAUGGAUGGGAAAUACGUUUAACUGAAGAUGGUGUUAGAUAUUUUGUUGAUCAUAAUACAAGAACAACAACAUUUCAAGAUCCAAGACCAGGUGCACCAAAAGGACCAAAAGGAAUUUAUCGUGUACCAAGAGCAUAUGAAAGAUCAUUUCGUUGGAAAUUAUCACAAUUUAGAUUUUUAUGUCAAACAAAUUCUUUACCAAAUCAUAUUAAAAUAAGUAUUACUAGACAAACAUUAUUUGAAGAUUCAUAUCAUCAAAUUAUGAAUGCUGAAGCAUUUGCAUUGAGACGAAGAUUAUAUAUUAUAUUUAAAGGUGAAGAAGGAUUAGAUUAUGGUGGUGUAUCAAGAGAAUGGUUUUUCUUGGUUAGUCAUGAAGUACUAAAUCCAAUGUAUUGUUUGUUUGAAUAUGCAAACAAAAGCAAUUACAGUUUACAAAUAAAUCCUGCAUCAUAUGUUAAUCCAGAUCAUUUACAAUAUUUUAAAUUUAUUGGAAGAUUUAUUGCAAUGGCUUUGUAUCAUGGACGUUUUAUAUACAGUGGUUUUACAAUGCCAUUUUAUAAACGCAUGUUAAAUAAAAAAUUAAUAAUGAAAGACAUUGAAUCGAUUGACCCAGAAUUUUACAAGUCUUUAGUAUGGAUUAAAGAAAAUAAUAUUGAUGAAUGUGGCCUUGAACUUUAUUACAGUGUUGAUUUUGAAAUACUUGGUCAAGUUAUACAUCAUGAAUUAAAAGAAGGUGGUGAUCAAAUACGUGUUGUUGAAGAAAAUAAAGAAGAAUAUAUGAGAUUGAUGACUGAAUGGAGAAUGACAAGAGGUAUUGAAGAUCAAACAAAAGCAUUUUUAGAAGGUUUUAAUUCAGUUGUACCAUUAGAGUGGCUUAAAUAUUUUGAUGAACGUGAACUUGAAUUAAUGCUUUGUGGAAUGCAAGAAAUUGAUGUUGAUGAUUGGCAAAGAAAUUCCAUUUACAGACAUUAUACAAGAAACAGUAGACAAGUUGGAUGGUUCUGGCAGUUUGUCAGAACAACAGACAAUGAAAAAAGAGCAAGAUUAUUACAAUUUGUAACUGGUACAUGUCGUGUACCAGUUGGUGGAUUUGCUGAAUUAAUGGGAAGCAAUGGACCCCAAAGAUUCUGCAUUGAAAAAGUUGGAAAAGACACAUGGUUACCUCGUUCUCAUACAUGUUUCAAUAGAUUAGAUUUACCACCGUACAAAAGUUUCGAUCAAAUGGUAGAAAAGUUAAACUAUGCUAUUGAAGAAACAGAAGGUUUUGGACAAGAAUAAUAUCACAAAACAAAAAAAAAUAAGUACUAUUAAAUUAUUUUAUUAUUAUUUUUUUUAUUUUUUAUUAAUCUUUAUCAGUCACGUACUUUUAUUAUUCAAAAUAAUUUCGAUAAAAUUCCAACAACAAACACAAAAAAUCAUGCAAUAUUAAUUAUCUAUAAAAUGAUAAUGCGAAAAAAAAAAGUACUAAAUUAAUAUAUAAAAUUUAAUUUAAAGUGACAAGGAGAAAAAAAAUAUAUGAUUUAAUCAUGAUUCCAAUUUUUACAUCUUAAUAUAUUUAAAUUUUAAAUUUUGUUUUAUUUUAUUUCAAGUCAAAGUGAUGUUUAACAUAAUAAUAAUUAUUGCAAACGAUAUUUAAAAAUAUAUAUAUUUUUUUUAUUAAAAAUAAAACAAAAAAAAAGAAAAUAAUAAAUGUCGGUACUGGUGGAUUUUUUAAAUACACAAAUUUUAUUGUUAUUUCUAUGUUAUUCAUCACAAUCACUAUUAUUUUAAAUAUUUUCUUUGUUUAUCAAAGUACUUUUAUGUUUUCAAUAAUUGAGCAAAAUAAAAAACAACAGAUUAUUAUGUAUUAGAAUUUAUUGUAUAUACGAAAAAAAAAAAAAAAAAAAAAAAAAGGGUGGUAUUUAUAAAUGGUUUUGAGAUGGUAAUUAAUUUAUUUGCUAUCCGGGAUAUUUUUAAGGCGUAAAUGGUAUUUUAAUCCAAGUCCGAAGACUAAAGUUAUUAUUUUAUUUUAAAUGGUUAAAAACAAAAUGAUAAGAUUAAUAUUUAUUUAUUAAAACUUAUCAUUGCAUUUUGAUUAUAAUCUUUGAAUAAUUGUGAUAAUUAAGCAGAAUUGUUAUCGUUAAAUGAUAUAAAUUUUGGUGAAGGGUUACAACAAAGCUCUAGAUAAAAAUGAUUUAAAUGAUUAUAAAAACAAAUACUCGGAUGGUGAUAAUGUUAUAAAUUAAUUGCGUAUUUACCAUUAAAUAAAUUGUACAUAUGUUGAAUGAUAUGAAUGUCAUAUAUUAUUUAUGAAUGUAAAUGGACCAUUGUUGACAAGCAUUAGUGCAUAUUAAAAAUAGCACAAAAUUAUAAAAAUUAUUGUCGUAAAAAAAAAGAAUAAAAACAAAAAAUAUCAAAUGAAUGAAUAAUAAAUUUUUAAAAUUAGAAAACAAUUAUUUUUAUUUUUUUUUUCAUCAACUAUUAAAUAGUUGUUUUAUUAUUAUUAUUAUUUUAAUAGUAUAAGCAAAAAAUAAUAAAUACUUAGAUAAAUUUAUUUUAUUUUUUUUUUUCGUAUGAAUGAUUUGUGUAUUUAAAUAGAAAUGAUAAUUAAACUGAAAUUAAUAUGUCAAUAUUUUGAAAAUAUAAAAAUAAUGUGAUUGAAAUAAAAAUUAUAUUAAUGAGAUAAAUUUUUCCUUAUUCCUUAUUGCCUUUAUAUAUUAUAAAAAUUUAUUUUACUGUUUAAAAAUUUGUAUUAAUAUUAAACAACAAUGAAUUUUAAUUCUAUGAAUUUGUUAAGUAUUGACUCUAAAUGACUUAUGCAAUAAUUUAAAAAAUUAGAUGUUAUUUUCGAUAGACAAUAAAAUAGUUUCAAUUUUUUUUUUCUUAAUUUAAACAUUUAUUAGUUAUAUAUUUGUACAAAGCAUAUAUACAAUAAUAAUAAAAUUAAUUUAAAGUUGAAA